CGCGUCGUUGCACGUCCGGAGCGUUGCUUGUUUCUUUCUGCCUCCACGACCAUUUUCUGUAGCUCAAUCGACACUCUCCAGUAACGACCAUCAUGGCAUCCGACAGCAUCAAAAAGGUGCAGGAGAAGCUCUUUCGGGGCGGCACCGGGGAACCUGUCACACAGUCCUCAGAGCGCGAGCCUGCUAAUUUGACGAUUAACAUUCCAAAGCCUAUUCCCUCUCCUUCACAGCCCCCGCCAAAGCUCUUCAAGGCCCCUGAACCUACUAUGAAGAACGGCGAAAGUGCUGAACAGGCAUCGUAUCGCGAACGGCUGGCAGCCAAGCUUGGUGCUGAGUACAGAGGUACAGAGCGAUAUCGCCUUCUUCAAGACAGCAACAAGGAACGCCAUUGGAAACGCUGGGGCCCAUACUUGAGCGAUAGGCAAUGGGCCACUGUUCGUGAAGAUUACUCUGGAAAUGGCGACGCUUGGAACCACUUUCCCCAUGAGCAGGCUCGUUCGCGUGCAUAUAGGUGGGGCGAAGAUGGUAUCGCUGGCAUAUCCGACAACCAUCAGCGCCUUUGCUUUGCCCUCUCCUUCUGGAACGGCGAGGACCCCAUUCUGAAGGAACGGAUGUUUGGUGUCACUGGUCAUCAAGGCAAUCAUGGCGAGGACGUCAAAGAACUUUAUUACUACCUCGAUUCUACUCCGACCCAUUCUUACAUGAAGUUUCUCUACAAGUACCCGCAACGACCUUAUCCGUACGAAGAAUUGGUCACCGAAAACCAGAACCGCACCCGCGACGUUUCCGAAUAUGAAAUUUUAGAUACCGAUGCUUUUGAUGAAGACCGAUACUGGGAUAUUUUCGUAGAGUAUGCCAAAGAUGAAGAUGACCCGGAUAACGUCUACAUUCGCAUCACCAGCUAUAAUAGAGGCCCCGAUCCCGCCACUCUUCACAUUGUGCCCCAGUUCUGGUUCCCUAACACCUGGUCGUGGUACCAAGAAAAACCCGAAAUACCUACUCUCUCGGGAUCGGUUCGCAGCGACAUUAACUGCAUCACGGCCAAGCAUCCCGAAUUAUCGAAGACCCAUCUAUACUGUCUUCCUUCUCCUCCUCCUGUUGGAUCAUCAGGCGACUUUGAAGGAGACCCGGAUGAUGCCGUCGAACCUGAGCUCCUUUUCACAGAGAAUAACACUAAUUAUAGCCGGCUCUAUGGUGGUCAGAACGAAACUCCAUAUGUUAAAGACGCUUUCCAUGACCAUAUCAUCCCUUCUCACCGACCUCCUACUUCUGAUUCUCAAGAGGCCUUCUUUUCACCCUGCACACGCCCCAGAACUGCCUCCAUUGGUUCUCGUGCCGCAAGUGAGAACGAACGCGAGGAGGGUCCAUGCACGCCGUUCCCCAGAGGACCUUCAUACGUCAACCCGGAGAAGACGGGGACAAAGUCUGCGGCACACUACGUCUUCACAGACGUACCGGGAGAGGGUGGCUGCGUUGUAGUGCGAUUAAAGAUGACUCCUCUCUCUCCUAGAAAGGAUCCCAGCUUAUUCGAUGAAGGCAUUUUUGAUGACACAGUUGAAGCCCGUCGCCAAGAAGCGGAUGAAUUCUACAACUCCUUUGUUUUCGGUCCUACUAGCGACGAUCUCAGGCAGAUUAUGCGACAGGCGUUGGGUGGGAUGCUAUGGACGAAGCAGUUCUAUCAAUUCAUUCAGAAAGAUUGGAUUCAGGGCGAUCCUGCUCAACCCGCUCCACCUCCUGAGCGAAAGUGGAUCAGAAACAGGGAAUGGCGCCACAUGCAUGUAGCUGACAUUCUUUCUAUGCCGGAUAAAUGGGAAUAUCCGUUCUUUGCUGCCUGGGAUACUGCAUUCCAUUGCAUUCCUUUGGCUGUUGUAGACCCUGCGUUUGCAAAGAAACAGCUCGACCUGCUCACACGAGAGUGGUACAUGAAGCCCGACGGUCAGAUUCCAGCCUACGAAUGGAACUUUUCAGAUGUUAACCCACCAGUCCAUGCUUGGGCUACUUUCCGAGUCUUCAAAAUCGAACGCAAGCUUCAUGGUAAUGAAGAUAUACCUUUCUUGGAGCGCGUAUUCCAAAAACUGCUUUUAAACUUCACUUGGUGGGUAAAUCGAAAAGACCAAGGUGGAAACAACGUCUUCGAAGGUGGCUUCCUCGGUCUGGAUAACAUCGGUGCCUUCAACCGUUCUGAGCCCCUUCCCACUGGGGGAGCCCUCCGUCAGGCCGACGGAACCGCCUGGAUGGCCUUUUACUGCUUGAACAUGCUUAAUAUGGCAUUGGAACUAGCUAAGCACAACCCAGUCUACGAGGAUAUUGCGUCUAAAUUUUUCGAACACUUUAUCUUCAUCGCUGACGCCAUGACUUACAAGGAAGGGGAGGAUGAGCAGAGCCUCUGGAAUGAAGACGAUGGCAUGUACUACGACGCAAUACAGUUCGGACCCGGAAACUCCAUGCAAUUACCUGUUCGCAGCCUCGUUGGUCUUAUCCCUCUUUAUGGGACGUUAGUCCUAGAACCUUCGACGUUGAACAGAUUUCCGGGGUUCAAAAAGCGUGUCGAGUGGUUCAUCGACAACAGGCCUGAGGUUGCUGCUCGUAACAUGGCAAAUAUGAAGGUUCGUGGCAAGGACGAGCGCAGAUUGCUGGCAUUAGCAAGCAAGGAGCGCCUCAUCAAGAUUCUGGAGAAGAUGCUUGAUGAAGAUGAGUUCUUGAGUGAACAUGGAAUUCGAUCACUUUCGAAGCUGCACAAAGAACAGCCCUGGGGAAUGGAUGUCAACGGACAACGUUACGAGGUUAAUUAUUGGCCUGGUGACUCAUUGUCCGGCAUGUUUGGAGGCAAUUCAAACUGGAGAGGACCAAUAUGGCUGGCUACCAAUUUCCUCUUGAUUGAAAGUUUGCAGCGAUUUUAUCAAUACUAUGGAGACGACCUCCAAGUCGAAUGUCCUACGGGGAGUGGUGAUUAUAUGAACCUUGCCGGAGUGGCCGAAGAAAUUCAGCAUCGCAUUAUCCAUAUAUUUGGGCGUGAUAUGCAAGGCCGGCGGGCCACAAAUGGGGGCAACCCUAAACUAGAUCAUGACCCCCACUUCCGCGACUACGUCUGGUUCUAUGAGUUCUUCCAUGCUGACACAGGAAAGGGCCUUGGCGCCUCACAUCAGACCGGGUGGUCUGGUUUGGUAGCGUAUCAUAUUCUCCAGAGCGGCGUUACCUGCAGACUUCCGAAAACUCCUAGAACCCCUCGCAGUCUUGCACACCACUAUUUUGAUGAAACGAUUGAUUCUCGUUCUGAGUUUGGCGAUGAUGCUAAAUCAGCAUUUAGUAUGAUGAGUGGUUUCGACGUACACACCCUCGGUGACCUGUCUCCCGACGCUCUGUAGAUGCUACGGGACUCACGGCUACUCACAUACGAGCGUCUGUCGCUAUUACUUUGGACUCGUCAAGUAGUAAUCAGUUAGAGUACAUUAACUAUAAGUUUUAC